CCGGCGGACGCUCGGCGGCACCCGCGCGAGGGCACCAUGCCGCGCUCCUUCCUCGUGAAGACGCACUCCAGCCACAGAGUCCCCAACUACGGGCAGCUGGAGACGCAGAGAGAUACCAGUGGUGCCUGUUCAGCCUGUGGAGGGCUGGUGGUGCCCUUCGUCCUCCCAGACAAGGUGGCCCCGUCCACCUCUGGCGACUCUCCCCAGCCCUGGGACUUCACCUCCGUCGUCGCCCAUGUCUCCCUGCCCCUCCCCACGUUCCUGUGUAAUGAGGAAGCUGGCAGGGCCUCGGGGCCAGGCCCCCUGGAAGUCAGCCUGGAGGACCCUCGGGCUGGCCGGGCCCUCAGCGCACCUCUCAGAGACAGCGUGAACCACCUCAACCUGCCUCCGCUGCUGGCUCUGCCCACGCGCUGGCCCUCAAUCCUGAACGCGGAUGGGGCCCAGGCUCCGGGCUGCUGCCUGCCAGGGGCCGAGCGGGCCCCCUGCACCCCAGGGGGCUUCCCCUGCCACAAGCCCUUCCACGCGCCGGCCGCCCUGGCCGGGCAUCAGCAGCUGCACUGCCACCUGCAGGCCCAGCGCUGCUUUACCUGCAAGUUCUGUGACAAGGAGUAUGGCAGCCUGGGCGCCCUCAAGAUGCACAUCCGCACGCACACGCUGCCCUGCCUCUGCGCCGUCUGCGGCAAGGCCUUCUCCAGGCCCUGGCUGCUCCAGGGCCACCUCCGGACCCACACAGGUGAGAAGCCCUACACCUGCCCUCACUGCAGCAGGGCCUUCGCCGACCGCUCCAACCUGCGGGCCCACCUACAGACACACUCGGACACCAAGAAGUAUCGGUGUAAACGCUGCGCCAAGACCUUCUCCCGCAUGGCGCUCCUGGCGCGGCAUGAGGAGGCUGGCUGCUGUACCCCCUGAGAGGGGAGGGGUGUCCUCAAGGGGCCCGGUGCCCUCCCCUGCCCAGGUGAGGGGCUUCUCUCCAGGGAAGACACUCAUCCUGACGAGAACCUCCGUGCUCAGCCAGCACAGGCGACCCCCAAGCGAGGCUGACAAGGUCGGGGCUGCCCUGGGUGCGCUCCGCUCCUGACUGACAGGUUGACCUGGGCCAAGCACAUCCCUGGGUACCACCUGCUGGCAGAGCUACCUCAAGGCUCACCUCCACCUGCCUGGGGGUGGGCCAAGCUGUCUCAUGUCACGUGUGCACAGGUGCACACUCAAGACACGCAUCCCCCUGCCUCCUCCUCACUAGACUGUCCUGAGGAGGCAGCAGCAGGAGGCCCAGAGGUGGGUGGAUUCGCGGCAAUAAAGAGCCUGCACUCCCGAUGCGCUGGCCUCUGAGGCUCGCCCAGUCCCCCAGGUCCACGGAGGAGGCUGAACUCUGACAGGCUGCUGCAGCUGCAGGGCACCUGGAUGAUCUGGGCUUCUGGCCAGAGUAGGGGAAACUGAGGGGCAAGGGCCUAGAGCUGUGUGGUACUUCUGGGCUGGCAGCCCCAGGUGAGCAGGAUGCCUUCCCUUGGAAGGACGUGGGGACAGUUCAGCGCAGACGAGGGAUGGGAUGAGGGUGUGAGAGAGCACCCGAGGCCGCCUGUCUGCGGUGGGCGUUUAUCUCCUCAAAGCCUAACUCAGAGGACAGUCCAUGCUGUGCCUGCAGCAUCUCUACUGACCACCACAGACACAGCUUCACUGUAGCCCCCUGCCCGCGGCCCAAGCCCGUCACUCAGUGUCCAGCCUCCUUCCUGCACGCGCCCUCCUGAGGCUGCAGCACCCUCAAACCAGCGAACAGCCCAUCUUUGAUCCCGCCCAGACACACAGCUUCCCAAACUGACUCACGCUGAGACCCCAUUUCCUUGUCAUGGGCAGUCACCUGCUGGGCUGGCCCGGCUUCUUGGCAGUGUGUCUGAGUCGUCUGCAGGGUGGCAUUCAGGAACCGGGAAGGAAGCCUGAGUCUGGUGGAGAUGGGUUGAGUCCUUGACACCAGGAGGGACGCCUCUUCCUCUCUGCAAGAGGGCUGGUCCCGGCCAAGGGACAGAGUUAGGCACCUCAGUCCUGCUCCCAGAGUGAAGUCACAUGGCAAGUGGCAGAGGCUUCCGCUCUCAGCCUUGAGCCACUGGACCUGCUGACCCCCUUCCCGUGUCCUGUCUGAUAGGACCACACCGCCCCCAGCUCUGCAAACACAGAUCCCGAGAGACACGUCAGGGGGCGAACAGGCCCUGGGUGGCUGGUUUGAUGACGACCAUCAGAAGGGACCUGGGGACAUGCCAGAGGAAACUGGACCUUGGGCUUCUUUGGACCAAGGGUGACCCUGACGAAGCUAACCACCCAGGAGAGCCCCCUGCUCCAGCCUGAGCCAGACUGUGUCCACCGACAAAGCACAGGCCCUGAGGAGGAAGCCACACUCGCGCUCCCAGGCCUGCUGCUCCCCUCACAGGAAUCAGCCUCCCUCGAAGGGCAGGUGGCAGGAACCGGACAUUUCCCUUGAAGGAAACAUGCCCUUUGCUGGGGUGGCCAUUACAAACCCACAGAGCGGGGCCCUCAGACCACAGAGAAUGAUUCCCCCACAGGCCUGGAGGCCGGAAGUCUGAGGCUGAGGUGCCGGCCAGGCUGGUCCCUUCUGGGGCCCCAGGCCUCUCUUAGCUCCUGUUUCGCUGGCUCCUCUGACAUUCUGAGGCUCAUGGAAGCAUCACCCCCACCUCUGCCUCCGUCUUCUCGCGUGUGUGUGUCUGUCUCUGUAUCCAGAUCUCCCCUUUUUCUAAGGACACCUGACAGACUGGGCGAUGACCCACCCUGAUGACCUCCUCUUGACAACACCUGCAAAGACCCGGUUUCCAAAUGAGGCCAUGUUCUGAGGUUCCUUGGGGUCAGGACCUCAGCAUAUGAAUGGGGGGCACUGUUCACCCCGUAACAGCUGACAACACCCAUUUGCCCAGAGAUGCCUGGUGGGUCCCUGUUCCCCUCAGGCACAAAGGGUCGAGGUGGCAGCCAUCUCACAGCCAACUUGCUAGAAACACCCCACCAAAGGUGGCAUGAGCCCACCCCUGCGGCUCCCUCUGGAGUUUGCUGGUGCCUGACCCCACCUCCUCUCCACUGUCCUGGUCAGGGCCCCACUGCGGGUGAGAAGGGGCCUCUGGCCUACAGGGAUGCCCCCCUACCACCCCGCACCGUCUCCUGAAGUGCCUGGGCCGCUGCUGGCUGGUGGGGAGGGGUGGCGGGGUGGGCAGCCCAGGGCUCGAGAGCCUCUGCUGGUUCCUGGCAAAGGCUGAGCUCCAACUGCACUGGUGUUUGUGUCCGACCACCGCACUGGACGGCUUUUUUUAAAAUGGCAUCCAGAUGCCUGAAGGAAGCUAUAUUGUAAAUUGUGUUCUAUUUCUGAGCACCAAUAUCUAAAUGAAGCCGAUGCACCUGUUGGGGAUGGAGGAAGGGAAUUUCACAAGCCUAAAAUAAAGUCCCAUGUUUGCCC